CAACGCCGGUGAGUGUGCGUCGGGACGGGGGGGCACGGAACGCACGGAAUUGCUGUAGGGUCGACGAAAAAUUGGAGAUGAAGAAGAUGGAAAAUAAACCAGCCGUUUUAGAAUUGUAGCGGUAAAUUGAUAAUAGAACAAUUAUUUGUAGCCUCGCUUUAAAGUGAAUGUUAUAUGAGGACCCUUGGAGAAAGUGCUUUAAUCGCAGUGAGGUAGCGAAUGUAGGGAGAGCUGGGGAGGGCUGUAGCUGCUGGUUUUUUUUGGAGAGGGAAAACAACAUGGCUGCGGUGGAGCUCGAAUGGAUCCCAGAAACACUGUACAACACGGCUAUCUCGGCUGUGGUGGACAACUACAGCCGGUCAAGAAGGGACAUACGGUCGCUCCCAGAAAAUAUACAGUUCGAUGUAUAUUAUAAGCUUUACCAGCAGGGCCGGCUCUGCCAGCUGGGAGGAGAGUUCUGUGAGCUGGAGGUGUUUGCUAAAGUUCUGCGAGCUUCAGACAAAAGACACCUCCUGCACCACUGCUUUCAAGCGCUAAUGGACCACGGUGUGAAAGUGGCCUCGGUUCUGGCAAACUCCUUCAGCCGCCGCUGCUCCUACAUCGCAGAGUCUGACGCCCAUGUCAAAGAAAAGGCCAUCCAGUUCGGCUUUGUGCUCGGUAUGGGAAAACAUUUUCACACAACUGUUCCUUUAUCGCUCAAUAAGACAUUUGUUCCUCAAACUGAUAUUAUCGUAGGGUUAGCUCAUUGGAAAAAAAAUUAGGGAUGAGAGUUGGGC